AUGUACAUCGUCUUCCAUUGGUGUUAUGAAGCACAUGCACCUGUUAUUGGGGCUGGCACAAGGGAAGAGCGCGUGAAGGCGUCUCGUAGUUUUGCCGUGAUCGACGUGAAUGAUCGUCGUGUAAUUCGCGCUCAUGUGACGGAUCCAAGAUUCCAUGCACACUUCACUCAUUCCUCCGUCAUCCAGCCUGAUUUUGCGCCAUCGCCUGAGCCUAUCUGA